AAACGAGUUCAGUCGCUAUUAGAAAGAGUUGCAUUCUUUUUUUUUACAGGGUAAUUUUGAGGUACUAUUGUUUAAAUGCUUUGAUUUUUACGACAGAUCAUUGUCAUUAUUUGCGUGUCAGUGGCGACUGUUGACAAUUCCAUGACAGUGGACGACUACCAUUUUGUUUCCUUUACACCAACUCGUUGUCGAUCUUGCAUUUAAGUGAUUCGCUAACUAUUGAAAACGAUGCCACCCACUAGUGAGAUAAUCGCAGGAGUACAAGUGGCGGCAACUCUAACGUCAGUACUAAUGUCCAUCACGCUUAUGAAGUCGCUCAUUACCAUUCUGAGACCCGAUAUCACUGAUGCUGAAAACAGAAUACAACCCGUGCCUUUUUCGGAGAUCAAAUCCAGUUAUGAUUACAUCCUAAUCGGGGGCGGUGCAGCAGGCUGCGUGUUGGCCAAUCGAUUAACGGAGAAUGAUACUUGUACAGUGCUAAUGCUGGAGGCUGGCCCUGACGAACCUGAAGUAUGCGACGUGCCCUACGCGUAUAACAUCCUACAGGGCACAGAAGCGGAUUGGCAGUUUAAAACAGAAUCUUCGAACACGUCAUGCUUGGCGAUGAAGGACCACAGGUGCAGCUGGCCAAGAGGAAAGGCCCUCGGAGGAAGUACUAUACUAAACGGCAUGAUCUACAUCCGCGGCAACAAGAAAGAUUACGACACCUGGGAGGAGUUGGGUAAUCCAGGAUGGAGCUACAAGAGCGUGUUUCCUUAUUUCAAGAAGUCUCAGGACAUGAGGAUCGACGAAUUCGAAGGGUCCCCUUACCACAGUACAGGUGGACUCCAGACCGUGGAAUACUUCAAGUAUCGUACACCAGUAGUUGACUACCUGAUGAAGGCAGGCCCUGAAAUGGGAUACGAAGUCGUAGAUUCAAACGGACCGAAGCAAACUGGAUUUAUGGUCUCGCAAAGCACGGUGAGGGAUGGGCUGCGUUGCAGCACUGAGAAGGCUUUCCUUCGACCUGCUUCGAAGAGGAAGAAUCUGCAUGUCAGUGUAAACUCGUUGGUGGAGAAGAUUUUGGUGCGGGAAGGCGAGUAUUCUGGAUUUAUUUUCAAUUUAUUAUUUAUUCAUUUAUUUAUUUCCGAUUUUUUAUUUCCAAUUAACCUUUACUGUCGUAUACUAUUGCAUUACGUUCAUAGUAUGGAGAUCCUAGAAGAAAUUCUACAAAACGAUCGUAAUGUAAAUUAACGUUUCAUUAUAACUC